ACCAUGCAGGAGUCUCCGGAAGAUUUUUGCCUAACGUGCCUUCAGCAAGCAGCAAACGUAAGUCUAUUGAGUUUCAGUGUUAAUGCCGAGGAGGGGAAUUCCACCACCAUAGCAAAUGCCUUGGCCAAGCACUUUUGGUUUACGGAGGAUGACUUCCAAAGAGGCUUUAUAUGCGAAUCUUGCUGGCAGCAGGUGGAUAGCUUUCAUCGUUUCUACUCGACCGUGGAAGAAUUGCAUGGAAAUCUAGUCCUGAAGUCUACUGCGGUCGAUGUUAAAUGUGAACCAGAGGCGGAAGACAUUGAAUACCUGGACGAGAGCUUCAUGGACUUGAUAGAGGAUGGUGGUGAAAUUAAGCAGGAGGAAGUUUCGGAAUUUUCAAUGCAAGACGAAUCCAACGACGAUGACGAUGAGAUGCUGCUGCCGGUGAAAGAAGAGACGGAUACAAAUCCCAGGAACAAUUUGAAGAAUCAGGACGAUCUGAAGCCAAAGCGAACCUACUGCAAGCCCCCGACCAAAACGGUAGAGGAACGGCUGAGGGAAGAUGAGUACAUUGGGCAACACGUGAAGUAUAUCUGCGAGCAGUGCGGAGAAGAUAGCGAAACUUUUACGUUGUUCCUGAAGCACGCGCUGGAAGCUCACGGGAAUAAGUCGGCCUUUGUUUCCUGCUGUGGAAAGCGGUACUACAAGAAGGUUCGAUUGCACCAGCACGUGCAGGCGAUCAACAAUCCGGACGCGUUCCGUUGUGAGCUGUGCCAGAAGAACUAUGGCGAUGCUGAGGGAAUCAAACGACAUAUGAAGGAAUUCCACACAUCCGAGGCUGAGAAGAUGUUCAAGUGUGAACGGUGCGAUAAAAGUUUCGUCAUGGAGUACAAAUACAAACGGCACAUGCAAGAUCACGAGGAUUGGGACAGUCAGAGCUGCAAAUGCGAGCAUUGUGGUAAAAUUUACAAAUCGCGUCACAUUCUCAAGAAUCACAUCAAACUCAACCACACCGAUCCGACAAGCUACAUAUGCGACAUUUGUGCCAAGGGGUUUCACCUCAAGUCGCUGUUUCUGCAGCACAAAAUGGAACACGAAGCUCCUGCGGAGCUCAAGGUGCAGUGUCAGGUCUGCUCGCGAUGGCUAAAGAACCGCGAAAGUUGGCGCAGACACAUGCACCAACACCGGGGAACGGAUGCCAAGUGCGACAUCUGUGGGCACAUUUCGCCGCACCAGCGGGCACUGAAGGGACACAUCCGGCGGCAGCACAGCAACCAGAAGCCGGAAUUCGCCUGUACCUACUGUCCGAAGACUUUUAGCAAAUCGAUCACGCUGAAGGAGCACGUGGCCGCCGUUCACACCGGCGUCGUACUGUACAGCUGCCCGUUCUGUUUGAAGGCGUUCAAUUCGCACGCCAAUAUGCACUCGCACAAGAAGAAGAUGCACCCGCACGAGUGGCAGGCGGAACAGCAGAUCAAGUUUUACUCGAAAUAAGUAGUGCAAAUGAAAAGUCGAAUCGAACUGGAAACUGCGGCUGUUUCAUUGCGAUGACUUCCCUAUUAGGGUUCGUGCGAGGUUUCCCAGAUGCUUUGAGCUAGUUUGGGGUUUGAGUUGUCUUUGGAAUUUUUAUGAGAGAGUGAAAGCAAUGGUGCUAGGGCUGGACACCGGAAAUCCUUGCUCAGUUGGU